GCGGCCGGGAUGUCCUCCUCGUCCGCCGCCCCGAAAGGGCCCACCCCGGCGGACGCGCUCCGCCGCAACCGCAUCCUCUCCAGCAAGCUCUACUUCGACGUCCCGGGCUCCAAGGCUCCGGUGGUCUACUCGGCGGCGUACGACAUCGCCUUCCUCGGAAUCGAGAAGCUGCACCCGUUCGACUCCUCCAAAUGGGGCCGGAUAUGCAAGUUCCUCACCGCAGAAGGCCACCUGGAGAAGAGCAGAGUGAUUGAGCCGCUGGAUGCUUCCAAGGAGGACUUACUGGUGGUUCACACGGAGUCAUACUUGAACAGCCUCAAGAGCAGCUUCAGAGUUGCAGCCAUUGUGGAGGUUCCUCCGGUAACGCUCAUUCCUAAUUGGGUGGUGCAGCAAAAGCUACUGUACCCCUUCAAGAAACAGGUGGGUGGGUCCAUUUUAUCAGCCAAGCUUGCGCUCGAGAGAGGAUGGGCCGUUAAUGUCGGUGGAGGAUUUCACCAUUGUUCGGCAGAGGAAGGGGGUGGGUUUUGUGCAUACGCUGAUAUUACGCUCUGCAUUCAGUUUGCCUUCGUCCGGUUAAAUAUUUCAAGAGUAAUGAUCAUAGAUCUGGAUGCUCACCAAGGAAAUGGCCAUGAAAAGGAUUUCGCUAAUGAUGGAAGGGUUUACAUUUUGGACAUGUACAAUGCUGGAAUUUAUCCCUUCGACCACGCUGCUAAGCGGCAUAUUGAUCAAAAAGUCGAGUUAGUUAGUGGGACAAAAACAGAUGAUUACUUGGAUCAGCUUGACAAGGCUCUCAAGGUCGCACAAAGUAGAUUUCAGCCCCAGUUGAUUGUUUAUAAUGCUGGAACAGACAUCCUGGAUGGUGAUCCAUUGGGGAACUUGAAUAUAAGUCCUGAAGGUGUGGUGAUUAGAGAUGAGAAGGUGUUCAGGUUUGCAAAAGAUCAGAACAUUCCCCUUCUCAUGCUGACAUCAGGCGGCUACAUGAAGUCGAGUGCACGAGUAAUCGCUGAUUCGAUUAUCAAUCUCUCACAGAAGAACUUGAUACAACUAGGUGGCCAGCUUGGCUAAAUGAACACCUGCCACGAGUGGUUCAACGUGAAGAACACAUCUACUGGCUGUAUAUAUCUUGUAAUUAGCAUGUAUGUCUUACACAAACGUCUCGUCACCUUGUAUAUAUGUCAUAAGGCCUUUGUUUCCGAGAAGAGUAAGCAACAGGGAAGCUUAGAGAGGGUGGUCAUGACUCAUGACAAGAGAGAACACUAGGAGAUCCCAGUGGAUCCUCAUUAGGCCAUCUCCACUGCCAAACUAUACGGUUUCGGUUAAUAAUUUUGCCUUGGAGCCACUAAAUAUACCGUUUUGUACUGUAUAGAUCUUGAAGGUGAUGAAGAAAGAUAUAAUAUGCUGUUUUGUCC